CCGCCCGCCGCCCACUGCCCGCUGGGUGUUUCCCGCCCUGGCCUAGGGUUGUGGGGAAGGCGCAUGCGCAAGCCCUCCUGACCCCGCCCCUAGAGGCGCGGCCCCUGGGGCCCGGGGCCAGCUCCCGGGUGUGCCUUGGCUAUGGAGCCCCUGCGGAGGGCCCACGAGGCCAUGCUGCGGCUGCUACUGUGGGGGCCCUGGGCCUCGGGCGCCGCCUCCCGCCCGAAGCCCCGCGCCUCGGAGGUGCUGACGCGGCACCUGCUGCAGCGGCGCCUGCCGCACUGGACCUCCUUCUGCGUGCCCUACAGUGCGGUCCACAACGACCAGUUCGGCCUUUCGCACUUCAAUUGGCCGGUGCCGGGCGCCAACUACCACGUCCUGCGCACUGGCUGCUUCCCCUUCAUCAAGUACCAUUGCUCCAAGGCGCCCUGGCAAGACCUGGCCGCGCAAAACCGCUUCUUCACCGCGCUCAAGGUCAUCAACAUGGCACUUAUGGGAUUGAGCCAUUGUCAUACUGGAAAAUCCAGGAAGGAGAUUUUACUCCAAUGUGUCUCAAAACUUGUUUGAUCGACUGUACAGAAUGUCAGCUAGUCCUGAGGUAUUCCAACUUUAUUAUAUGGACUUGGCUCCUGGUUAUUUGCCAAAGUCACAGAGACUGUUCAUACCAGUUACGGACCAAUAACAAUCUAUUUUCUAAAUAAAGAAGAUGAAGGUGCCAUGUAUUGAAAA